CUUCAGCUCUCUACUCUCUCUCACUUCAGUUCAGUCCGAGUCUGAAUAGCAGAGGGGAGGAACGCAGUGCCAGGGAAGAAGAAAAAGAAGAGGAAGAAGUAGAGAAAGAAGAGGAGGACUUAAAAUAAAAAAAACCUCAGGAUAACCCCCUCUGUCUCUCAGUUUGGAGUUUGGAUCGACGCUUGUCAGUAGAGCGCGCGCCGCAUCUCAUCGCAUCUCAUCAGAUCCCAUCAGAUCCCAUUAGAUCCCAUCAGAUCCCAGAGUGCAAAAGGAGGAAACUACUGCACAGAAGCCUAAAGGACAAACUUCUUUAUUAAGUUCAGUUCUAGAGGGACGCGUGUUUUUGUGUUUUUCUUUAUAUUUGAGUUGAAUGCGUUUGAGUUGAGAAGCUGCGCUCGUGGAUUGGAUCAAAAAGAACAUUUAAGCAAAUUUUACAUUCAUCUGGACCAAAAGCAAAGCAGAAGAAGCAGGAUGAGGCGAGCGUUCAGCUGCUUUGCAGUGCUGUUGCUGUCGUUGUCUGUACUUGGUCAGAAGUUACCCACUCGUGAUGAAGGCCUGUUCCAGAUGCAGAUCCGGGAUAAGGCCCUGUUUCACGACUCGUCUGUUAUUCCCGAUGGAGCUGAGAUUAGCGGAUACCUGUUCAGGGACACGCCGAAGAGGUACUAUUUUGUGGUGGAGGAGGACAACACGCCGCUGUCAGUGACGGUGACGCCAUGUGACGCUCCCCUCGAGUGGAGGCUGAUACUGCAGGAACUGCCCGAGGAAGCCAGCGGAGAGGGAUCAGGUGAGCCGGAGCCUCUGGAGCAGCAAAAGCAGCAGGUGACAGCCAGUGAAGGCACUGAACUCUUCUCUUACAAAGGCAACGAUGUGGAGUCAUUUGUCUCCAGCAGCUCACCCUCUGGCCUGUACCAGCUGGACAUUCUCUCCACUGAAAAAGACAGCAGCCUUAAGAUCUAUGCCACCACAACGCCAGAAUCAGAUCAGCCCUACCCGGAGCUGCCUUAUGACCCCAGGGUGGAUGUCACCAGCCUGGGCCGUACCACCGUCACGCUGGCCUGGAAACCGACCCCUACUGGCUCACGAAUGGGUCAGCCUGUGCAUUACUGCGUGGUUGUCAACAAAGAACACAACUUCAAGAGCCUGUGUGCCGCAGAGGCCAAGAUGGGCUCCGACGAGUCCUUCAUGGUAGCGCCCAAGCCAGGUCUAGAUUUCAGCCCAUUUGACUUUGCCCGCUUUGGCUUUACUUCGCCGGAGAACAACCUCGACAAGGACCGUCAGCGGUCUUUGAAUGCCAAUCGCGUGCCAGCUUCCAAGCAGUGGCGUUCUCCAGGUACCAGUCUCAAGCCCUCAGACAUCCGCAAGAUCUGCAUCGGUAACAAGAACAUCUUUACUAUGUCGGGGUUGAGGCCGGCCACACAGUAUUACUUUGACGUGUUUGCCAUCAACGUAGCCUCUAACGCUAGUACGGCAUACGUGGGCACCUUUGCCCGCACCAAGGAUGAGGCUGAGCCCAAGACUGUCGAGCUAAAGGAUGGCAAGAUGGCAGACAUCUUUGUCGAGAGGAAGGGCAUCAAGUUGCUGCGAUUUGCUCCCGUUUCCUCCCACCGCCGUGUUUCUCUCUCUGUCCACUCCUGUUUGGAUGCUGUUCACGUACAGGUACGCCGUGACGGUAAACUCGUGCUCUCGCAAAACGUGGAAGGUGUGCGUGAAUUCCAGCUCCGUGCCAAACCCAAGGCAAAGUACAUUAUCCGAGUACGUGGAUCUCGCAAAGGCGCUUCGGCACUGAAGGUGUUAGCAAGCACACGAGCUGACGCCAAGCGGCCCUUCCCUUCUCUCCCUGAAGAUACACGAAUCAAGGCCUUCGACAGGCUGCGCACAUGCGAAUCGGUCACCGUGGCCUGGCUCGGCACACAGGAGCGCAACAAGUAUUGCGUGUACCAGCGCGAGGUGCCUGAUGGAUACGGCGAGGAGCAGCGCCGCCGCCAACGGAACCAGUGCGCCGGACCCGAGACGCGUCGCAGGGAUGAGAAGGUGCUCUGCAAAUACUUUUACAGUGCCAACCCGCACAAAGCCGUAACCACCGAAACCAUCACAGGCCUGGAGCCGGGCAAAAGCUACCUCCUGGAUGUCUAUGCGAUCGGUCAUGGUGGACACUCGGUCAAGUACCAGAGCAAACUGGUGAAAACAAGAAAGUAUUGCUAAAAUGAAAACGAAUACAAACAUACAAAAUAAUUACGAAAAAAUUCCCACAAAAUAGACUCUGCACAGAAGUAAAUAUAUUAUAUAUAUAAUGAGAGGAAAAGUUUAUUUAACUGGAAGUGAUAUUCUACUAAGUUGUUUUUGUUUUUGUAUUUUUCCAUGACUGACUACUUGGUGAGCCUAGAGGCAGAACUCAGAACUGCUUCUAGAGCGAGAUAGCGUCCUGUAUGUACUUCAUGUUCUUCACAAGUAAACGAGUGGCGCCGUCAUCCCUGUUACUCAUCCUGGAAUUUUGCAUUGUGUUGUGAGAACCUUGUCCAAACUCAUAUUGUUUGUGAUCACAUCGACCCCUUCCCACAUCCGCUCUCUCACUGAGUACUCCCAUUUAGAAAAAGUUCUUAAGUUAUUUUAUACCUCUUCAUGUUUGUUUUGCUAUCUGAACUCUUUAUUAUUAUUUUAUUUUUUGCUUGUUACUUGUUAUAAUUAUUUCUGCUAUGAAAAAAUCUGAUGUUGUAAAAUUCCCUGACGAAGUCGGGCGGUAUGUCGAGGUGUUGUCCCCUGUCCCGCUGCCUUUGUCUGUAUAUUAUCUCAUUCUGUGAGUGAAUCGCUUUGGGAUUCUGUAAAUGUGCUCUUCUCUGUGUCUGCUCUGCCUGUCACAUGUACAGAGUGCUUCUGCCAAUAUUCAUGUACAUAAAACCCUAAAUAUAGAGGCCAGUAAUCCCC